AUGCCGGUCGAUAAAUUGAUGAUGCUCUCCGGAAUGGGCACGCUCGGAUACGGGACGCAAAUGAGAUUCGCCGGUAAGACGUUCUCAAACAUGUACUGGAAGGAGGGCGAACGGAACAAGGCCGACACGGUGCAAGCGAACUGGCUCGGUACCGUAUUGCUCGGCACUUCGGCGAUUCAGCUCUGCGCCGCGCUCGACGGCGAAUGCUCGAAGAACCAACUCGCCGGCGCCGCGCUCUCCUGGGCGCUCACCCUCCCGGAAUACGUCAACCAACGCGAUGAUUUUCACACGCCGAUGUUCUUCGCGAACGCCGGAAUGGGCGCCGCGAUGACCGCCGUCCUCGUCAAGGCGUGGAUGGACAAAGACGGCUCGAAGUGA